UUUUUAAUGAUAGGUCGUGAUUAAAUGGAAGAUGCAAAUAUCUGAUGCCAUGAGCUGAGAUAUGGCAUUGCUUCACUUGAUUUCUAGCUGCAAAUGCGAUGCUGAAUCUGCUGGCAAGGAUAAGAAUAUUGGCAUUCCUCAAGCGGUGAAGGCUGACGUUAGCCAGCUGCUAGCGAUAUAUGGCUUGCUGACCAGCUCAGCUUGCUAGCUAAACCAUGCAACUGUUAACGUUACCCCGUAUUUAGCGUAAUUUUUCAUUCUUGUUAUGGUCUGUACACCCAGCAUAGAUUGAGUCAUUAUGGACACAAAUGUGCAAAAAAGACGUGAAAAGAAGUCAUUGCGUGUGAAGGUUAUCAGCUUGGGCAACGCUGAAGUCGGGAAGAGUUGUAUCAUUAAACGCUAUUGCGAGAAGAGGUUUGUUCCCAAAUACCUGGCCACAAUUGGAAUUGACUAUGGGGUCACCAAGGUUCAAGUCCGUGACCGGGAAAUUAAAGUGAACAUCUUUGAUAUGGCAGGGCAUCCUUUUUUCUAUGAGGUACGUAAUGAGUUUUACAAAGACUCCCAGGGGGUGAUCCUGGUGUAUGAUGUGGGGCUGAGGGAGAGCUUCGAUGCCCUAGACAGCUGGCUGACCGAGAUGAAGCAGGAAAUGGGCUCCCAGGCUAACAUGGAGAGCAUCGUCUUUGUUGUCUGUGCCAACAAGGUGGACCUGACUAAGAGGAGAGUGGUGGAUGAGAGUGAGGGCAGGCUGUGGGCUGAGAGUCGAGGCUUUCACUACUUUGAGACUUCUGCACAGAGUGGUGAGGGCAUCAGUGAAAUGUUUCAGGCCUUCUUCUCGUCUAUAACGGAUAUGUGUGAGAACGGAGGGAAGAGGCCAACACCAGAGGUCAACGCAGGUUUCACCAAGGAGCAGGCGGACACCAUCCGUCGCAUCCGCAACAGUAAAGACAGCUGGGAUAUGCUGGGGGUGAAACCAGGGGCCACACGGGAGGAGGUGAACAAAGCCUACAGGAAGCUGGCGGUUCUUCUCCACCCAGACAAAUGUGUGGCACCGGGCAGCGAAGACGCCUUCAAGGCCGUAGUGAAUGCUCGCACCUCACUCCUCAAAAACAUCAAGUAGGGUUGCAGAAACGUGUUUUCCAUUUGUACUCCCAUCUGAACACUCCUCAGAAUUACUGUCCAAGAGGCAGGGUGUUGGGGAUGGGUCUACCAUUCUUUUAUCCACCACGACAGAAAAUCACCAUGGAUGUGCCACAAUACCUUUCAUAUCUCAAGGGUUCACUGUUGUUAUGUUAUGUUAUUUAAGUUCAUAUUUAAUUAAAAUAUAGUUAUUAUGCCUAUUGAUUUGUUAAAGUUAGCACCAACAUUAUUUAAUUGUACUAAUGGAAACCCGAAUGAUAUGAUUGGUACCAAGCUGGGGGUGCUUUUCUGACUUGUUAGUUAUUUUGUUAAGACUGGUAUUAUUACCUUCUACAACAGACAUUUAUACAGUGGUCCCCAUUUUGCUUUCAUAGUCAGAAUGGUGGCCCUGGAGUCACAAUCAGUUGAAAAGCCUUGCUCUACACGAUUGAGCCUUGGAGAGAGAACAUUACAAUAGGAAGCGAUUCAUGAUGUAGUUGGAGCUAACAGAUGUCUGUUGUGUUGGUCAGUUCUGUGGAGGUUCAUGAUUGAGCAGUUUAUUUUUGGGCUCAUUAAAAAAAAGUGAAAUCUGUUUACUAGAAGCAUGCAAUUUGCAAUAUUUGUUUUUCUAAUUGAAUCUCUAAUCAUGCUCUGAAUUGUUCACUCCACACGUUGAGUCAGUUUAGUCAGUUCACUUUUUCUGACUGAGUUAUAUCUCCGUCUAAGAAAAUUGCAUCCUGUUACUUCAACAACAGAAAGAUUGGCCACUGCAUUCAAGACAUUUGUGUUAAAAACAUGGACUCUGACUGACUUUCUUGAUUGGAGUAGUCUGAUGGGUUUCUCAUUACCAUUGUAUUACACAAGGUCCUUGAGUGAUCUUGCGAGACCACUGAGAUCGUGGAAGACCACUAAUGGUGUUAGCCUACCUGCAGUUUGUCCUUUGUGUGUGAGCUUAAAGUAAUCCUUUCCUAGCGGUCCAAAGACCUUCAUGUCGACCCAUCCUAACACCCGAUUACCUCAACCACUCAGACAAAUACUGUGUAAUCAUAUCCUGCAUUUAACCACAAACAAUGUUUUUUUUUUUUGGCUUGGUUUUUUUCUGUUUAGUGACCACAAGAUGGUGCUUGUGGUAGUCGCCAUUUUGUAUGUACUCGUUGUCAGUGUUUAUAUGUACAGCAAGUACUACAGUAUAAGGUUAUUAAAUGAAAAUAUAUGCUUAUUUAUUGAAGAAAAAUAUAGCCUAUAUAUGGUGUGAAAUCUGUAUAAAUUGGUAUUGUGAUCUUGAACCACAAGUGAAUGAAAGACCUCUACACUUUUGCACGAAUUCUACACAGAUGUAUCAAAAUCUAUGUAGUUAGAAAGAUAUUCAUUUAAAAACUCUGAAAGACAGUCAUUAUAGAUGUUGACUUCAAAUCUGCACUUUCACUCCAGACCUUUAAAAAUGGAAUUGAUAUCAUAGUAUUCUACAGAUGGUAGUUUCCUCGAGAAAAAAAAAAAGUAGUGAGAGAAGUUGCUGUUAAAGCAUAACCGUUUACAAUAACAUUUCCCUUAUUAACUUGGACAUGCCAGCUCACCAGCUGCGAUUUCAAAUUACAUUUUGAGCCUGUAAAAUUGGUGGGUCAUAAUUUUUGGCGGAAGUACAAGUUACCAUAGAAAUUCAGGCUUCCUUUUUCUUUUUCCCAGGUUAUUAAAAUGUGGUGCCAACAAGGGAAUGUUUCCACAAUGUUUACAUUAAACUCUUUAUACUCUUGGUACUGUUAAACAAUAUGUUUUAAGCAGAGCUUCAUUUUUGCAUACGAUAUGAAUGCACCAUAUCAUCUUGGUCAGAAUUUUCUGUUUGAAAUAGUGCCAAAUACUAGCCAACGGAUGACUCUUAGCGGCACUUGUUUAUACUAUAAUACAGGCGAAACACUACCAUGAGAUAUCCUUCUUUACAAUAUUUGCAUCUUGUUUAAUGUUUUGUUUUGUUGAAGCUUUGAGCACCAAUAUCAUUGAGUAGCUUUUAUUCUGUUUAAUAUGAAUUACUUGAAGUAUUUAUCUUUUUUGUAAGUUUUAUCCAUUUAUCUGAAAUUUGGAAGACGUUACAUUUCUUAGUGUGUUCUAUUUUAAUUCUCUGGAAUGAAUGCGUAUGCUGUAAAUAUGAUCUAUUAAAUUUUAUGUUAUCAAAAGUUG